GGUUGGGCGAGGGAGCAAUUUGGCGGUUCCCAGAGGGGCGAGGCCAGCUGAGAACCCAGGGAGCUCAGAGAAGCGUCCUGAGUUGCCAUGGAAACGAGCCCCAACGAGCAAUUUAGCAGCAGCCAGGAGUCCUUUGAAACGUGCUACUCGGGAUUACUGGUGUUCACGGGUUCUUCGGAUCUGGACUCCAGCUUGGCCAAGCAGUUCUGGAUGGCGGCUUCGCUGUACCCACCCAACGAAUCUCAGCUGGCGCUCACGAGAGGCAGUAGUCAGCGUCUGCCGGUGGCGGGGACCUCCAAAUGCAAUGAGGUCGAGAAAGCUUACUACCAGCAGUUUUUUGUUGAUGAAGAGAAGAGUGCUGAAAUUGUAAAGAUUCAGGAAGAUGAGGAGAAAGAAAAAUAUCUUCAAAAGGCUAAAAGAAGAGAUGAGAUUCUUCAACUCUUAAGAAAACAAAGAGAAGAACGGAUUUUGAAAGAGCUGAUUUCUCUUCCUUAUAAACCGAAGGCCAAAGUACACAAAGUAAAGAAAGUGGUACCCGAGUCAGAUAAAGAAGACAAAGAAGAAGUUAAAGCCUUGAAGUAAUUUGACUGAUGUGUGGUAUUGGAUGACUCACUUAGACCUACACUUUGAAAACAACCUAUUCAUGUAUCAGAGCUGCUGGAAUCAGUUACUUUAACUAGACAAAGAAAUAAAAGUGAAACAUUCAGACUGUUAGGAAUUUUACCA